CUCUCUCUCUCUCUCUCUCUCUCUCUCUACACACACAAAACAAACAAACAAAAAUAUAUUCUCAUAAAGAAAUCACAAGAACCAACCACACCACAAGCCAUGUACGAACCCAAUAGCCAUUCACUAUUCACUUACACUUCACCCUCCGACUUCUUCCUCGGCCAUUUCCCCUCACUCGAGGUGGCGGCACUACCGCCACCUCUGCUCAUCCCUACUGCUGCUGCUGAAAGCAUCGAGUUCGACCCAAUGACGUUGCCACUGAGGUCGGAAGUCGGUUACAGCAGCAGUACGUGCAGUAGCUACGGGUCACCGAGUUCGCUCACAAGUUACUCGACUCCAAGUCCUAGUUUAAUGCAGAGGAGCGUGAGCAGUCAGUCGCUUCAGAAAAAUAACAACAAUAAUAAUAAUAGCAAUAAUGGGUAUAGGAAGAUGGCUGAGUUGAUGAUGGAGUCGGAGACUAGUCCGGUGGUGUUGCGGAGGGUGUUCAGCACUGGUGAUUUGCAGGGGAUUAAUAUAAUGCAACAUUACCAUCGAUCAGAGAGCCCAUUAUCAAAUGAAAACAUUAGUAUCAUACAAGGUAUAAGCAAGGCCUGUCGUUACAGUCCAGAGGAGAAAAAGGAGAGAAUUGAGAGAUAUAGGAGCAAGAGAAAUCAAAGAAACUUCAACAAGAAGAUCAAGUAUGCGUGCAGAAAGACACUGGCUGAUAGUAGACCACGUAUCAAAGGACGAUUUGCUAAGAACGAUAAAAUUGUGAAGAACUCCCAAAACCAGUGGAGUCACAUGGGUGUGGAGAAUGAUGAAGACUAUGACAAUUGGAUCAAUUUUCUCGACUCUUUUUCGGCGAAUCUAAUUCCUUGAAUCCAAAGAGUUUCCUCUAAUAUAUCAAUGUUCUACCACAGGGCAAUAGUGUGUCAAAAUUAGAUUUCUUGGGUUUAGGCAAAAGUUUACAUGCACAAUUAAAUCAUAAAAAAUAUAUAUAUAUAUAUCGAGAAUAUACAUAUCAGCAUAAUAAGAUCUACUUUUAAUGAAAAUAAUGACGAGAUUAACGAAUUAAAAUAUUUUUGAUGUGUAUCAUCAUGCUGAUAUUUAUAUUCUCAAUAUUUUUCUGUGAUUCAAAUGUUGUGUAUGUAGAUUUACUCUGAUUUUUAUUGUAAUGACAAGUUUUAGAAGCGAUUAAAGUUUUUAAUUAGGUAAGGCAAGACAUGAUUGAUUGUGUAGCGUGUACCACAAUAACAAUUUGGAGCUUCCUGGACCUACCCAAAAGAGGGUAAGGUCUCUGACAGCAAGAUUUUGUUUGUA